UUUUCUAAAUUUAAACUUAAUAAAUUAUAGCAUUGUAUGGAGGACAACAAAAGUACAGGACAUGAAACAAACAUCUUUUGAAACCACAAUUCAAUAUUCUUUGAAAACAUAUGUCAUAUGAUUCAUUUUAGUUGAUCCAAAUGAAAUUUAUGUACACCUAAAAAUUCCAUCAAACAGGAUAACAGUGACAAGCAAAAACAAAAAAAUGAAAUAAAACAAAAUAAAAUAAAAUAAAAUAUCCAGUAGAAAAUGGAUGCUAAAAAAUAUAUUCAAAAUGAUUAUUAUAAAACUUUGAAGGUAGGGCAACAUUGCACCACCAAUGAUGUUAGACAGGCUUACAAAACAUUGGCAAUGAAGUGGCAUCCACUAAAAAAUCUUAUAAAUAGUGAAAAAGCACAACUUAAAUUUGCUAGGAUUAGUGAAGCUUACGAGGUUUUGAGCAAUGCCCACAAACGUGCCAUAUACAACACAUAUGGAGAGGCGGGUCUCAAAGGACAAGCUCCCAUUGUGGGAACUGGAACACAUGGAUUUUCAAUGGGAGGGAAUACCAACAUGUUUGAGUUUGUGCCGCGGAUGCCGGAAGAAGUGUUUGCAGAGUUUUGUGGGGGCACAAGCCCAUUUGAUGGAAUGUUUGGAAACCCUAAUCCUAGAGCCCACAAAUGCUUGAAGCCCACACUUCCCAAUCCACCUCCAAAAAGUACAUGUGCACUAGUUGUUCCUACAAAAACCCACUUGAAAAAAUUAGCGCCAAUCACAAACCUCUUACCUUGCACUCUUGAAGAAUUGACAAAUGGUUGUGUUAAAAAACUCAAAAUUGCAAGAUCUCUCUUGGAUGACAAUGGCCAAGUUGUGCAGACUCAAGAAGUUCUCACUAUUGAAGUUAAACCCGGUUGGAAAAAAGGCACAAAAAUCGUUUUCCCCGAGAAGGGCAAUCAACACCCGGGAAUGAUUCCUGCGGACAUGGUUUUCCUCAUCGAUGAAAAACCACAUCCAACAUUUUCACGAGAUGGGGACAAUUUGAUUAGCAUCCAAAAAAUAAACUUGGCCGAUGCUCUUGUGGGUUGUACAGUGACAUUAACCACUCUUGACUUUAGAGUUUUAAACAUUCCUUGUUCCAAUAUAAUCAAACCUGAUUUUGAAAAGGUUGUGUUCAAAGAAGGAAUGCCUGUUUUAAAAGAGCCCGGGAAGAAGGGCAAUCUUAUUGUGAGGUUUGAUAUUAAGUUUCCAAUUAAGUUGACAAAUGAGCAAAAAAAAAUUAUUAAAAGUUGCCUUGGCAAAGAUAUUUAUUAAAAAAAAUUAUGUGAAAGAGGUAUGUUGUUUUUAUUCAAAUAUUUUUAUAUUUAAUUGAAGUACUGCUGACAUUCUUAA